GCGGGGCCGGCGGGGGCGGAGGCCCCCUCGGGGCGGCGCUGGGACUGUAGCAUCCAGAGCGGGAGGGGAGGAGAGAGAGUGACCGUAGGAGACUGAGUGACAGGCGUUGAGGAUAUAAAUACGGCAGGCUCCGGAGAGCGCAGGUUUCAGUAGCGGCGCUGAGCGCAGGCUGGAAACACGAGGUUAAGGAGCCACAACUCAAGCCGCCCCCCUGCUGGACCCGGGCACCAGCCCGUUUGCAGUCCCUGGAUUAGCCCGAGGACAGGUCCUCCUCCUCGAGGCCGCCGCUCAGCCGCCCUUACCUCCUGGAUUACAGACCGCCGGGGCAGUGGGAGCGGAGUGAGCCAGCCAGGAGGCGAGGAGGGAGGAAAGCCCCCAGCAGAGCCCGGCGUUUCAGUGGCCCCCUCGGGCGGGCGGACGCGCGGGAAAGCAGCGCUGCGAACCGAGCCAGCGACAGGGCCGGCGAGUGCAAAGAGCGACGCCCCAGGGGAUGGCAGCCGUGUUCCGGAGCGCCUCUGUCUGGGCGCUCUUGCUGCUGGUGGCUCUUUGGCAGCAGCGUGCGGCUGGCUCCGGAGUCUUCCAGCUGCAGCUGCAGGAGUUUGCCAACGAGCGGGGCGUCCUCGCCAGCGGGCGACCCUGCGAGUCGGGCUGCAGGACCUUCUUCCGCGUCUGCCUUAAGCACUUCCAAACCAUCAUCUUGCCGGGCCACUGCACCUUCGGCAACGUCUCGACGCCCGUGCUGGGCAUCAACUCCUUCGCCGUCGGGGACGACAGCAGCGGCGGUGGACGCAACCCUCUUCAGCUGCCCUUCAAUUUCACCUGGCCGGGUACCUUCUCACUCAUCAUCGAAGCUUGGCACGCUCCUGGAGACAACCUGCAGCCAGAGGCCUCACCACCAGCCGACACGCUCAUCAGCAAGAUCUUCAUCCAAGGCUCGCUCCCUGUGGGCCAGAACUGGCUGCUGGAGGAGCAGACCAAUACCCUCACAAGGCUGCGUUACUCUUACCGCGUCAUCUGCAGUGACAACUACUAUGGGGACAGCUGCUCCCGCCUGUGCAAGAAUCGCAAUGACCACUUCGGCCACUAUGUGUGCCAGCCAGAUGGCAGCCUGUCCUGCCUGCCCGGCUGGACCGGGGAGUACUGCGAACAGCCUAUCUGUCUUUCUGGCUGUCACGAGCAGAAUGGUUACUGCAGCAAGCCCGCCGAGUGCAUCUGCCGCCCAGGCUGGCAGGGUCGUCUCUGCAACGAAUGUAUCCCCCACAAUGGCUGUCGCCAUGGCACCUGCAGCAUCCCUUGGGAAUGUAACUGUGACGAGGGCUGGGGAGGCCUGUUCUGUGACCAAGAUCUCAACUACUGUACCCACCACUCCCCGUGCAAGAAUGGGGCAACGUGCUCCAACAGCGGGCAGCGGAGCUACACCUGCACCUGCCUCCCUGGCUUCACCGGCGUGGACUGUGAACUGGAGCUCAGCAAGUGCGAUAGCAACCCCUGUCGCAACGGAGGCAGCUGCAAGGACCAAGAGGACAGCUACCGUUGCCUGUGUCCCCCCGGAUACUAUGGCCUACAUUGUGAACACAGCACCUUGAGCUGCGCUGACUCCCCCUGCUUCAAUGGGGGCUCCUGCCGGGAGCGCAACCAAGGAGCCAGCUAUGCCUGUGAAUGUCCCCCCAACUUCACUGGCUCCAACUGCGAAAAGAAAGUGGACAGAUGCACUAACAAUCCGUGUGCCAACGGUGGCCAAUGCCUGAUCCGAGGGCCGAACCGAAUCUGCCGCUGUCGCCCUGGAUUCACAGGCGCCCACUGUGAGCAGCCAGUUGGCAACUGUGCCCGAAACCCCUGUGCUCAUGGAGGCACCUGCCACGACCUGCAGAACGGGCUCGUGUGUACCUGCCCUUCCGGCUUCUCCGGCCGGCGCUGUGAGGUCCAGCUCCCGAGCCCCAGUGGGGACGCCUGCUCCUCAGGACCCUGCCUCAAUGGGGCCACCUGCUACCCCGGCCUCUCACCCGACAACUUCGUCUGCAACUGCCCCUACGGCUUUGUGGGCAGCCGCUGCGAGUUCCCCAUGAGCCUGCCCCCCAGCUUCCCCUGGGUGGCUGUCUCCCUGGGCGUGGGGCUGGUGGUCGUGCUGGUGUUGCUGGGGAUGGUCGCAGUGGCAGUGCGGCAGCUGCGGCUCCGGCAGCCCGAGGAUGGCAGCAGAGAGGCCAUGAACAACCUGUCGGACUUCCAGAAGGACAACCUGAUCCCCGCUGCCCAGCUCAAGAACACAAACCAGAAGAAGGAGCUGGAAGUGGACUGUGGCCUGGACAAAUCCAACUGCGGCAAACAGCAGAACCACACGUUGGACUAUAAUCUGGCCCCAGGGCCCCUGGGCCGGGGGACCAUGCUGGGGAAGUUCAGCCACAGUAGUGACAAGAGCUUAGGGGAGAAGGCCCCGCUGCGGUUACACAGUGAAAAGCCAGAGUGUCGGAUAUCAGCGAUAUGCUCCCCCAGGGACUCCAUGUACCAGUCUGUGUGUUUGAUAUCAGAGGAGAGGAACGAGUGUGUGAUUGCCACGGAGGUAUAAGGCAAGAGCCUCCCCGGGACACCCCAGCUUUGCCCAGCAGCUGGACCUUCCUUCUGCACUGUUUACAUUGCAUCCUGGAUGGGACUUCUCAAUAUGCAACGUGCUGCUCUCAGGAGGAGGAAAGGGCAUAAAAUGGACAGACAACUUGCCAAGAGAUGCAGUGCCCUCCCGCACCUCUGGGUGUCUGUCCGGCAUCAGAUUGGCAGCUGCGCCGGGCCAGGGAAACAGACAGAAGAGAUGCUACUUGGAUCUGCCCGGCUCGCCGCAGUCUUCACACGGCUCCUCGGGGGCUUCAACCUGUUUUCCCGAGGGCAGGGCAGUGGCCUUGGGGGGGGGCCUGGAGUUUGCCGAAGCCCCCACUGUCAAUCGUGUUUCCAAAAGUGCCUUUGGCCCAGGCUCUGUGGUGGCAGCUGGGCUCCAAUCAGACAGGAGAGAGGAGGAGUCAGGGCAGGGCCAGGUGGGCCGGGAGCCCUGGGUGAGGUUCUUGGCAGGAGGUGCCCUGCAGGUGAGGUGAAUGCUCCAUGGGGAGGAGCACUUCCAGCCUGCACCCCCUGAAGCACUGCACAGGGGCAGCCCUCCUGCCGCUGCCCCAGUUGCAGGUCCUGUGGGAUGUGCCCUUCUGCCGCCAAGGGGGCCCCAGGCCUAACCAGGGAGCUCAGGGCAGUUCUAGCUGAAGUUCCAGGGCGGGGUGGGGGUGGGGGGUUGAGCGCUCUCACCACCAGGCACAUCUGCCCUCCAGCCUGCUCAGCGGCCCCCUGCUGCCCAGAUACCUUUGAAGCGACCUUCGGAAUCAAUAAUAUGAGUUUUUAUUUUGUUUGUUUUUUGUAGUUUAUUUUGGAGUUUAGUAUUUCGAUAAUUUAAGAACCAGAAGCACUGACCUUUCUACAUUUUAUAACAUUAUUUUGUAUAUAAUGUAUAUUUAUAAUAUGGAA